AGAGGCGAAAAGAAACGCCGGGGAUGCCGCAAGAAAAUUCCCCGUGCGUUGUAGAGUGAAUGAAAUCGAAAUGUCCAGGCGAAGAGCGUAAUUCGAGGGGGGAGGGGGGUGACGACAACGAGAGGGGGUUGUGAGGACGGGCGAAGGAAUCGCGAGUGAGAAAGAUUCACCCAAGCGAGAGUGAUAUAUUUGAAAAUGCGUAGCGCGAAUAUCUCGUCGAGUGCGGUGUGAAUAUUUUUCGUUCAGUAAGAGAAAAAUUGAAAUAAAAACAUAGACAAGGCUACCGGCGGCUUGUGAAAGCCGUGGAGUUCGCGAGUAUCUCCGAGGAGAGGUCAAAGCGGGGAGAAAAAUAGAGAGAGAGAGAGAGAGUGCACCCCGAAAAUCCACCCGCUUUCUUCUCGCGCGGCAAGAGGAAGACGCGAACUCUAUGUUCAUAUGACGAGCACACAUCCGCGAGUAGUAGUAAUGAUCGGAGAAGAUAAAUGUGUCAAAGAGGACGAAGAGAAAAAAAAGAGAAUCGCGGCUUCUCGAUUUCUCGAAUGAAUUAUAAAUAUUACAAAUUGUCGAUGUCGCUGUAGAAUAAUACACACAUGCGACAAAAGAGGGUGAAAGAAUACGAUGCCGAGUACGGACGAGAAAUUCCUGUUUUUCUUCUCGCUUUAUUAUUAAACGCCACUAUGAAAUGUCGGGAAUGCCCGAGACAUUCCCGUUUUUUUCCCCCUUUCUUUUGCGCUCCCUCGGGACAAUGCGAAAUUAGAAGGAGGGGGGAAAAAUGACGCGAGGAACUCAUUGGGAAAAUCGUUGGCAUUAUUUUGGUCCGACGCGCGCGCGUGCUUUAUAUACUUUCCUCUGAACGCCUUAUUGUGUCCACGCACGCACGCGUGGGUGCGUACUUCGCGAGCCCGGAGCAUGUACACACACACACACACACAUCCCGAUAAUAUUUCACGCAAAUAGCCGUAUUGCAAAGUAAUACUUUACUUAGUAAUACAAGUAAUACAGCUGGGGGCAUUCGCGCCCUCCUCCGUCCGUUCGCGAUUUUUCUUCCUUUCUUUUUCGGUAUUCUUUUCCCCCGUCCGGGCGUCCUCCCUAUUUUCAUCAGUCCGAAAAUGGCACGAGACGUACGUUUAUUUCCAACCUGACACUCGGAACUGAUAGAAAGGUUUCGCUGGCUGUUCGUCAUGCAGAAAUCCGUGACAGUCACUUUCGUCAGCUAUUUCGACUCGGGUCGCGAGAAUUUUCACGUGGUGGAAAUGUCGUACCUCUCUCCCGUCGAGAGAUUUAUAUAUACGUAGGCAGGCGCCAAAUUUAUUCAAAUUUCGCCAUUAUCGCGAGCCUAACGACGCGGGGAGAGGGGGGUAGGCUGAAUUAAUCGCGGUAAUCUUCCGCGCGGUGACUAUAUUCUAGAUUUGAGGUAUAUACCGUAUUCUACGGAAAGUGCUUUACAUAAAGGGGGUAUCAGCAGCGUACCGGUGUAGUCUACAUCCAACAACGCUAUUUACGCGAAGAGAGCACAGGUUCAUCCCGCAGACAAACGGGAUAAAUACGAGAUGUACUUCGCGAAAUAGGAAUCUCGCUGGGUAAUCUGAGAUACGAGAGAAAGGGAGAGAGAAUGGGUGGAAAUUUGAAUGGGUCUAAUAUUUUGACGAGCUGUUGCGCGAGCGCGGACGAGCGAUGAUUUACGCUUAACUAUUCCAUUGUGCUGAAUUUUGCGCACACGCAUCGGCGACUUCGGCGUGUAGCAGCCGAGGGAAACUUCCAAAAAUACACGCUUUCGUUCGGGCGUUUCGCGCACGUCGAUAUAUAAACGCCAUCAGUAAUUCAUGGCUCGUAAGCGCGUCGUCGCGAGCGCUGCGCCACGAUAAAGGGAAGGAAAGCGAGCGAAUUUAUUAGAAAUUUCCGUACGGUAAUGACGAAGAAAUUCCUCGGGAGUGCUCUCUCUUUAAUGCCGAGUCGAGUAAUGAAACAUUCUUCGGGACCAGGAAAUCAAUAGGCGCGUACCUCUACUUUUAUCCUCUCUUCUUAUCCCCCCCUCCCUAUCUCCCUCUUCGAAAACAAAAAUAUCGAAUCGCUCUUUCAUUCCCGCGCCUGUCUUCCCUCUCUGAUUUGCCGCGUUCUAAUGCUUUCAAAUAUUAUCCCUUCGACGAUAGCGUCGAUCAAAGAUAGACGUCUCUCCUCGUCGAUCAGAGCUCGUCCGACCGAAAAAAAAAAACAAAACGAGAAUCGUUGUAGCUCCGCUAUUUUCUCUCGUUUUCUCUUCGUCUUCCGGAAAACAACUGUGUGAUGACGCAAGAUAAAGACGUCAGAUAGAGUGUGCAUUCGAGUUUUUUCGGCUUUUCCCCCGAGUUCGGCGCGCUCCGUUGCGCAGAGUAUUGCUCGUAGCGCCGAGAGGAAUCCAGGAACUCAUAAGUAACACCCCGCGAAGAGACAUGCAGUUAUCCCCGACAAAGGACGCGAGCAGGAGCUGAUCCUCUCGGUCAUUUUCAUGGAAGGGGAAUAAAAAAAAAUCGGCGGCCGUGCGACGGAUGGGAGCAUGAUUCUGGUAGCGCGGCGAAUCCGGCGAAUUCGACGGAAAACCAGAAGAAGAGCGACGAGACGGUAGUACGGGACGGGUGAUAUGGAUGCCCGCGAGGACGGCGGGCUCGGUCGAACGAGAGAGGCCCGAAUCUGUUGACUUAACGACCCACCAAUUCCGUCGUACUUCCGUUGUGCUCGAAAGUGCGAGAGAGAGGGAGAAGGAGGGAGUUUCCGCGUGGCACGCAAGGAAAAUGACCGCGAAUCGCUGACGUCAUCCACGGAAUGUGAAUGUUCCUAACGUCGCGUCGUCGCCAGGUCGUUUCCAGUCGCAUAGAUCGCCGAUAUUUUCCUGUGGCAUGUACGUGACCCCAACGACGUGGAAGGAAAUUCGCGGCAGUAGAGCCUCGAGAAGAUCCUGCGACGGUGGUGACGGCGACGACGACGGUGCUGGUGGCAACGGCGACGACGACGGUGGUGGUGGUGGUGACGACGGUGGUGGUGGUGGCGGUGGUGGUGGUAGUACAACCUUGUGCCCUUGGUACCGCGGUACCGUGCCCUGAGGAACGGGGUGUAUGUGCGCGUGGGCGUUUGGAAAAACACACGGGGGGAACUCAAAAGGGCCUCACCGAAGGCGGUGCGGUGCCUGGUCUGCCGAAUCCCCUCGGUUGUCCGCCUCCUGCGCGAGACCCGGCUCGUGCAAGGCCAACUGCGCGAAUCGGUAUCGAACGAUACCGUCGAUGGAUGAGACAAUCGGCCGGAGCAACGUGAGAAAUAGCGAAAGUGCGUACAUAGUUUGGUCGCUGAACGAUGACCGACGACUGGCCGUUGUCGCAGUGGAGAUGACUACCAGGUUAGUGGCUCGUCCCGAAGACGACGACGACGACGACGAGGUCCACGAGGAACGAGACUCGGGCUAUCACUGCCACUGAUAGAGACCCGGCACCCCGUCGCAGCUCACAUCGAUGCCGACCGCCACAUCCACGAUACAAGGAAUGGGGAGUGUCGGCAGCAACGUGACAGGGACGACGACGACAGACCCGACGACGUUCCUGCCAGACGCAACGCCGACCCUGAGCGCGCGCGAGCAGCUCAAAAUCGAAUUCUACAAAACGUACGACGUGAUGACGGGGGUACGGAUCGCCGCGACCCUCGGCGGCUUUUUCAGCUUGAUGGUGUUGCUGGUGGUGUACAAGAGCAGAUGCAAAGCGAGCAAGCAACUGGAAGAUCCGACGCUGACUGCGGCGGCAGCUGCGGCGGUCGCGGAAGCUGAAGCCGAAGAACAAGCACUCGCCGCCGCACUCGAAGCGAUCGCCAGGUUACCAUCCAGGCCGGGUCGUGGUCCAAGAAGAUCGUUGUGCGUCGAGAUGAACCAGUCUCGUUCACCCGUGGUGCCACCUCGCUUCGCCUCAGUCGGAGGUGGGUACGACGCCCUGCUGGCACCGCCAAUCAGGCAGCCGAGAUUGGCUCCCCCCGACGAUCACAGAAGAUGUAGCUCGGUUACCUGUAGCAGUACUGGAAGUAGUUAUCUGGAACGAAGGGGUUCAGCCAUGGCGAUGCCGUGCCUUCCGCCUCCUCCAUCCUUUCCACGUCACGCUUACGAUGAGCCAUGGGAUUUAUAUUACCCUAUCGAUAUCCAGGUAAUACAGCCAACUCCGGAUUUAUCGCCGUGCGGCAGCGAGGCCGGUCUUUACGGUGGUGCGGUCGGCGGCAACCUUAUGGCGGCAUCGUCGUCGGGUAGAAGAGCGCCCUUGGCGUCGAUGGGCAGCGUGGAUCCUCCCGAGCCAGAUUCCAGAUCGCUCGGCUCGGAUUCCGUGUUCCUGAAAAACGAGGACGAGGAGGAGCAGUGCGUCGACACGGAGGACGAGGUCUCGGGCUUCUCCACGGACUCGGACGCGCCUGAGCCGAGUUGUCGGCGGUUCUUGCGGGUGCCUUCUAGGAAAAAGCGGAGCCUCGAGAGAUGGGACGGGUGCGCGGGUUGCGUGCCCAGACGACGGGCCGGUAGUAAACCCUGCCAAACGUGCUUGACCAUCAGCGCUGCCGUCGAAACCUCUAGGUCGCAGCAAGUCUCGACGACGACCAGUAGCAGUCAGAGUAGCGUGGGAUCCCCGCCGUGUUCACCGCCGAUCGAACUGAGACACAGACCACCAGCGCCAUUGCCAUCGAUCCCGCCGAUCUGGUCGCAGGAAACGCUCUUUUAGGAUGUCUUUUGUAGCGAGCAUGUUCUUCGUCAUCUGUUUUUACCGAGACACCAAGGUUGAAAGUCGCGGAGUGUCGACAUCCGAGGAAAUCAUUUGCCCGAGAAACAAAAGCCUCAGCGCUUGGUCUGAUCCCCAAACUGCCUUGUUGCGUCUCCGAAAAAAAAAAAAAAAGCAAUCGACCCCUUGGACUCCCAUCGACGUUAACACACUGAUUUCGCGUAGACUCGUCGCGAAGAUUCACCCGUUGAAUCGAACAAGCGGAAUCUCGAUCUCGUAAUUCGGACGGAACUCUGAAGGAACAUCGCGUGGAAUCGUUAUCGGGACGUCGAAAACGUCUUUAACUUCGUCGCGACAGAAAAUUACAGAUAAACAAACAAUGUCACCCGCGAAUCCCUGUGAUCUCGAGAAAGGACCAGGGAGUGUCCGAAUUAUUGCGUAAAAGAUGAGAGAGUUGUGUCGAGGAGAACGGUGCAGGUCGGGGGGGGGG